UGAUCCAUCUUCUAAUACUAUCCACAUUUUGCUCUAAUCUCUCUCAUGGGAGAUACUGAUGAGUUCCUUAGUCUUGGCCUUGCCAUUGUGAAAGAUAAUUCUUGCGCCGCCGAGGGCGACCAAGGGGGAAAGAGGAAGGGAAGAGUUAGUUUUGAUCAUUCUUUGAGUAAUGCAUACGAUGAAGGCUAUUGUGAAGGGAAGGUUUUUAGGCUUCUUCAAAUGAGGGAACAAAUGUUGAAGUUAGACUAUAAAAGAAAAAGACUUGUUGAGGAAGACGGAAGAGGGCUUCAACUGAUACAUUUGCUACUGAUUACUGCCACCGCCGUCGAUGAAAACAAUCUCGAUUUGGCCUUGGAGAAUCUCUCCGAGCUCUAUCAAAGUGUGUCGCUAACCGGAGGCUCAGUGCAAAGAGUAGUUGCUUAUUUCGCCGAUGGCUUGGCCGCCAGGCUUCUCACUAAAAAAUCUCCUUUCUAUGAUAUGAUCAUGAAAGAACCAACUAAUGAAGAAAUGUUUCUAGCUUUCACCGAUCUUUAUCGCGUCUCUCCCUAUUUCCAGUUCGCCCAUUUCACCGCGAACCAGGCGAUAUUCGAAGUAUUUGAGAUGGAAGAAUCGAACAACAACCGUGCAUUACAUGUAAUUGAUUUUGACAUAUCAUAUGGAUUCCAAUGGCCUUCACUCAUUCAAUCCCUCUCCGAAAAGGCGACAAGUACUAAUCGAAUAUCGCUUCGAAUCACAGGAUUCGGAACAAGCAUUGAAGAACUACAAGAAACUGAAACUCGAUUAGUGAGCUUCGCAAAGGGAUUUCGCAAUCUUGUAUUUGAGUUUCAAGGGUUGCUGAGAGGAGCUAAGCUCGUUAACCUGAGGAAAAAGAAAAAUGAAACAGUUGCUGUGAAUUUGGUAUUUCAUUUGAACACUUUAAACAAUUGUUUAAAGAUAUCCGAAACAUUGAAAUCAGUUCAUUCACUUAAGCCUUCAAUUGUGAUCUUGGUGGAGCAAGAAGGCAGCAGGAGUCCAAGAAACUUCCUGUCAAGAUUCAUGGAGUCUUUACACUAUUUCGCAGCGAUGUUCGAUUCGUUAGACGAUUGUCUUCCACAGGAGAGCUUAGAGAGACUAAGAAUUGAGAAGAACAAUCUUGGAAAAGACAUCAAAAGCAUGCUCAAUUGUGAUCACAUGAAAAAUUCUAAUUAUCCAACGUAUGAGAUGAUGGAGACAUGGAAAUCAGGGAUGGAGAAUCAUGGAUUUGAGGUGAUGAAAAUAAGCUCAAAAUCAUUGAUACAGGCAAAGCUUCUUUUGAAGUUUAGGACCCACCAUUGCCCUCAAUUUAACGGGGAGAAUAGUGGAUUUAAAGUGUUUGAAAGGGAUGAAGGGAGUGCGAUUUCUUUAAGGUGGCAAGAUAGAUAUUUGCUUACAGCUUCUGCAUGGCAUUGUGUAUGA